GUAACCAAUUUAUGUAAACAAAUGAUAUACCAAAAUGGGUGUAAGUGUUAGACUUAUUCUUUUUACAUGUUUGACUUCAUAUGUCGCUUCCUUCCAUGAGCAGGGCAUUUAUAAUAGUAUCAAAAAUAAUUAUGUAGUGGAACAGGAAGCUGUCAGUUCGAAUGUUGCCUUUAAAAUAAAACCAAAUAACCCAAAGGUCACCAAUCAACAAAAACCAAAAGGUGAUAAAUAUGAAAUCUAUAAACCAAACUGGGACGAUUUAGACAAAAGACCCUUACCAAAGUGGUAUGAUGAAGCAAAAAUAGGAAUAUUUGUCCAUUGGGGAGUGUUUUCAGUCCCAAGUUUUCGAUCAGAAUGGUUUUGGUGGGAUUGGCAAGGAGCAAAAUACAAUAAUACUGUGGAAUUUAUGAAGAAAAACUAUAGACCACGUUUUACAUAUGCAGAUUUUGCUCCAAAAUUUACAGCAGAAUUUUUCAAUGCAGAUCAAUGGGCAGAUAUAUUCAACACAUCCGGCGCAAGAUAUGUUGUUUUCACAUCUAAGCAUCAUGAAGGAUAUACUAACUGGCCAUCCAAUUAUUCUUUUAAUUGGAAUUCCAUGGCUGUUGGACCAAAGAGAGACCUUGUUGGUGAACUGAGUACAGCACUUCGUAAAAGAAACCUACAUGUUGGAUUGUACCAUUCUUUAUUUGAGUGGUUUCAUCCUCUGUAUUUAAAAGACAAGGAAAACAAAUUCCGAACCCAACAAUUUGUGCAGAGUAAAACCCUGCCAGAACUAUAUGAGCUUGUAAAUACUUACAAACCAGAUGUUGUAUGGUCUGACGGUGACUGGGAAGCUUUAGAUACUUACUGGAAUUCCACAGAAUUUAUUGCUUGGCUCUACAACUACAGUCCUGUGAAAGACACUGUUGUCACUAAUGACAGAUGGGGCAGUGGUGUUAUGUGUAAACAUGGGGGAUACUUCACCUGUAUGGACAGAUACAAUCCAGGUAAAUUACAAACAAGAAAAUGGGAAAAUGCAAUGACAAUAGAUUCACAGUCAUGGGGAUACAGACGAAAUGCAAACCUAAGUGACUAUCUCGCUAUUGAACAACUGAUUGAUACCAUAGUAGAAACCAUCAGCUGUGGAGGAAACAUUCUGGUGAAUGUUGGACCCUCUCAUGAUGGUGUUAUAAAGCCGAUCUUCCAAGAGAGACUCAGUCAAAUGGGAGAAUGGCUUAAAGUGAAUGGUGAAGCAAUAUAUUCUUCUGUACCUUGGAAAUUUCAAAAUGACACUGUAACACCAAAAGUAUGGUACACAGCACAUAUUACUGAUACAGUAAAGACAGUUUAUGCAAUAUUAUUACGUUGGCCAGAAAAAGAUACCAUAUUUCUAGGAGCUCCAACACCUUCUAAGGACACGACUGUUCAAAUGCUCGGUUCAGACAUUUCUUUCCAAUGGACUAAAGGAGCUUCUAGUGGCAUGCUAAUACAAAUUCCAUUAAUAUCACACAACCAGAUGCCUUGUAAAUGGGCAUGGACAUUUAAAAUUUCAAAUCUUCUCAAUUCAUAAUAGAGUCAAGCUGUAAUUAAGUUUGUUUAACUCAAAUACUCAGGGUUGAAAUGAAAGACCCUUUACUUAUUUAUGUUUACCUUUUCCAAUUCAUUAGAAAGCUUUGCAUCAACUGUUUACAUGCACACCUAAGCAAAGAUUAGGAUCACCAAUAUUUAAUAAAUUAUUUUAAUUGAAAACAACAGUUACAAAAACUAGUUUUGUUUAAAUGACUGUUUUUAAAAUAAUAUUCAUUUAUGAAACUCACCUUUCAUAUGACACAAAAUAAACACACCCUACCAAUUUAGAUUUAUUUAUAUUUAUCAAUUAUUUUCUUAGAACUGAUUGAAAAUGCACUUUUAUAUUGAUUUUUAUAUAUAAAGCUGAUAUGUUUUUAUUUAUAUUGUUUGCAUUCCAUAAAUGAAAAUAGAAAGGAG